AUGUCCGCAAAAAUAUCAAACCCAGAGUUGAAGAAGGUUGUCCAAUACAUGGAUAAGCGUGUUCUUGUAAAUCUACAAGCAAAUAGAAAGGUUACCGGGCAAUUAAGAGGAUUUGACUUGUUCUUGAAUCUAGUGUUGGAUGAUGCACACGAUGAAUCUGUUGCGGGUGAAAAGAGCAAGAUUGGUCAGACUGUUAUCCGCGGAAACUCAGUAACUUCCAUGGAAUCACUCGAAGCAAUCCCAAAGCAACGGACAUGGGGACAAAGGCAGUAUUAA